CUACCUUCUUUCCUUCUUUCCUUCACACUUUGGUGUUGUGAAACAUCAAUCAUGUCGUCCAAGAGAUCAAGACAAACGACGUCCUUUGCUGCAGGUAUCAAUGGCGGAAUCCUAGCUGAUCUAUCCUUCAUGAAUGAUGUGUGCUCUCCAAUUGCAAAGACUGGACAAAACGACGACGACUCUUGUGGCAGCGAAUCCCAGAGUGACGAGGAAAGCAGCCGUGUUGGAGACAAGGAGAACAAUUUUCCCAAUGAAAUCUAUCCCGAGCAAAACCUCAAAGAUAUCAGUGCCAUCUCCUGUUCCGUUUUGUCUCCUGUUCCGACCAAACCCAACUUCACCAGACGAAUCCGAAGGAUUUCUGCUCGCAACCGACUAUGUCAGGAUGAUGAUGAUUCGGAAAGUGAUGAUGAUGAUGAUGAGCCAUCCAGUCAAGAAGACGACGACGAAGAGUCUUCCGAGUCGUCAACACCCAAACCCAAGAGAAAGACAAACCGCGAUGACUACAGCCGCCUCAAACAAGCAGCGCUUGAAAAAGCCAAGCAGCGUCAGGACGACGCGUCGGAAGGAGAAGAUUUGGGCAGUGAUCAGUACUCUUCCGAAAUGGAAUUUAUCGACUUUGAGGAGGACGAUGACGACGAGGAUGAGGAAGACGAAAAGGAUGACAUUGAAGAGUACGGGACAGACAAUGAUGACGAGAGACGCGGUGAGGACAGCUUCUUCACGGACAACUCUUCGGAAGAAGAAGAACUAGAGAUUGAUGACGACUUUGAUGAGGACGAGGAAGAGCCGGAAUGGACCAGAUCCCGACGAAACGAAACCACUGCAAAGAGUAAUUGCAGCAGCAAAGCGAAAGACGAGACUACCUCGGACGAUGAAGCCGCUUCUCCAGAAGCCGAUUCGUCCUCUAACGCGUCUCCAACUAUGGAAAAAAGCGACAAGUCCUCUGUGGUUUCUACACCAGAGCACGAAACCAAUGAAGGUUCUAGCAAUGAACACAGUCCUCCAACAAAGGUCGCUGGCCCCACAAAUGAGCAGACAAGGCUUCAGGGAGAACCCAUGUCUCCAGAUUCAUUUGCUGUUCAAUGCUUCGCUGCUCCCUCUCCUGCAUCCACUAGCAGUCCUGCUCCAGGUGAAGAAAGUAGCAGUCCAAAGAUAACUCCGAACGAUUCGUCACCUCCAGGAAGAACGGAUGACAUGCCGUCGCCUUCUCCCCAUUCGCCUCCGCCGGACGCUGGAAUGAAGGUGGAUAUCAAAGAUUGCCCUGAACCUAAAGAAUGCUUGGAGGCAACAAAUACGCAAAUGGAUGCGACCGAAAAGACAACAUCCACUCUGCACAAGGGCGAGACUGCCCAAGUCAACGAUUUCCCACUACCACCAACAAAAGAUGGUUCUCAAGAGACAGUGCCUGUCGAAUCCUUGAUGGCAUCAUUGGAUCUAUCGAACCGCGAACCAACGGAAGACGUGAGGUCAUCUCCCAAUUCGCACAAAGAAGCAACAACGGAUAUCGGAGAAAGCCCUCUUCUCGCCACAACAUUGCCAGAAACGGAGACAUCCUUUGCAAGUGAAAACCCUAACCUGCAUGAUGAAACACUGGACGAAACAUUCUUUCUUCCCAAUCAACCUCCAGACUCCCUUUUGUAUGACAUCACACCAGAACGUUUCGCCAACCCAACGGUGGACUUUGGUUCUUAUAAUGAUGAUCCCUGCGACCGUCUUUCCGGUUCUAUUGUAUCUCCUGUUCGUCCCAAUGGAGAUUUUGUCGCGAGGACUUGCGAACCGGUGAGUGACAAUGUGAAUGACGUGAGCCAAACAUCCAAUGCUCCACGUACAAAAGGAGAAACGUCCUUCUGCAACCUUGCCGAGGCGACUGAGGGUUUUGCUGCAACGGAUACGCAGCCUUCUGAUUCCAUUCUCGCUGAUGAUUACACAACAAACGCAGCAUCGGCAAAGCCAGCUGCGGCGACCAACGAAGACGAGGACCUCGAGACACGAGAGAUCGGCGUGUCAGACAAGUUGCAAGGCUGUAACCAUGAGGAGAAGCUAGAUUGCACCACUACGAAUGAGGUUGGAAAUGAUGCCCUGACAGUGGAAAGUCUGGCUAGAGAUGAGCCUGAUAGCUCAGCGGGUCAUUCUGAUGGUGCUGUAGCUGUUACCAACCCGGUCAACCAGGAAAAGAGCAACGACAAACUACAUGAGGGAGAAGUGACCGCCGAGCCAUCCCCUGGCAAGGCGGAUUACGUAACACGGCACGAUGACGGUACAGCAAGAGACGACGAUGAAUCUGAGAAGGACGACGAUGAAACUGAGGUGGACGAAGAGGAAUUGGAAAACUGCACCCUCACGACAUCUUUCUGUGAAAGUGUAGCCGAGACCGAUGAAAGAAGUGUGGAAGAUGUUGUUGCGGUCGUAAUUGACGACGACGACCAGUCCGAGAGUGACUGCAGCGAGGCUCUCAUCGCGGCCGUUGUGAUUGACGAAGACAACGAGACGGCAGCUGACCUAGACGAAACUCUUGUCGAUGACGAGUCAGAGUCGAUCUUCGAACAGGACAGCGUUGCUCCUUUGAGUUCUCAACGUGAUGUGAGCACGACCGCUUCGCCUGAAUCAGCUAAAGAAGGGGUCACUAACGACAAUUUACAUGAGCCACCGCUUGUCCCCUCGUCUCCAAUGUUGCAAGAAUCUUCUUCUCAACAUGGUUCUCUCAAGAAUCCUGUCAACAACAAUCUGCAGAGGCCUUCAUCGAGCAGACAGUUUGUCAAACGGGGAAAAUGGACGCUUGGUCCCAAAAUCGGACAAGGCUCUUUCGGGACAGUACACAUGUGCAUGACUGAUGAAGGUGUAUUGAUGGCAGCGAAGGUCAUUCCUACUACGGACACAUCUGUCAUUAGUGACAUUCGGCGCGAAGUAGAGCUGCUGUCGAAGUUGAAUCACCCGAACAUUGUCGCCUACAGAGGCGCCCAAUCCAAUUCGAAGCGUUCCAGGCUCCACAUCUUCCAGGAAUGGGUUCCAGGGGGGUCUGUGGCCUCUAUGCUGACUAAAUUUGGAGCCUUUACCCUUCCGGUGGCGCGAGUCUAUUUGAAACAGGUUUUGACGGGCCUUUCGUAUCUUCACUGCCAAAAGAUUCUCCACCGCGACAUCAAAGGGUCCAAUGUGCUAGUGAACGAUCUGGGUAUCGUGAAAUUGGCCGAUUUCGGUGCCAGCAAACAGCUAUCGGAGAACUCUCAGGGGAUGAUAAUGACAAUGACAAUGCGCGGGACACCUUACUUUAUGGCUCCGGAGUGUUUUGAGGAAAAGUAUGGGUAUGAAUCUGACAUUUGGUCUGUUGGUUGCCUCGCCAUUCAAAUGAGAAUAGGACUGCCGCCAUGGAAAAAUUUGGGUAUCACCAAUCCUGUUAUGCUCUACAAACACAUCGAAGCAAACCCAGGACCACCUUCGGCUGAUCUACCAACCGAAACUCAACAAGACAGAGAUUUUGCUGCGAUGGUUGCUCGGUGCUUUCACAGAUCCCCCGUUGAACGACCAAAUGCCCAAGAAUUGGAGGACGAUCUAUUCUUCUUCCGCAGAGAGACUAUCGACGAUGACCAAACAGGCAUUUCCUCCGUCCUGGCGUCCCCGAGUGGAACGAAAGAUGGCUCGUUUGGUUGGGAACACUUGAUGUCUCCAACCACGCCGCCAAUGUCAGGAAAAUCCAAGCUCAAAAGCCGACAUAGGCGAAGCAGCAGCGCUGGAUGCCUCAAGUCCCCACUCUUUUUGUCCCCACCCAUUCCCGAGAACAGCGUCCUCAAACUGUCUCCUGCUCGUGCAUUGCGACGAGUUACUAGCCCAGCUAUGGCGUCUCCGCAGUACGUCUCGAAAGAGUGGCCUGCUUGGGCCCGUGACGUUUUGAAAUCCGAUUCGAAGCGCCCUGCAUCCCAAAGCAGUCCAGCAUUUGCCGUGGACACAACGCUCAGCGAGUCGAUGGGGAGCCUGGCCAUCAGCGAAGACAGCCCCAUGACCGUGCAGGGUCGAAACUUGUUCAGUGACACCAAGAACAGUGGGUACUUUAGUGAGAUCAGCGAAGAAUCCACACUGAGAGGAGAGAACCUAUUGGAAAUCGGCAGCUCGAUCAAAGAAUAG